UCUCCGGGACCGCGCCUGCGCGCUGCGACAGCCCCGCUUCCGGCUCCUGAGUCCCAGUGGGGGGAAGCGACCGGGCGCCCUUCCCCAGGUCUGCCCGGUUCUGGUCUCACCCGGCCGCCCAGAGCCUCUGCCGCGGUCGCUGGUGCUGGAGCCCCCGAGCUGCUCGGCUGGGGGGCGUGGCUGGCUACGGGAACCCGUCCACUCCACGUCCGUUAAACGUCAGUGUCCCUGCCGCGGCUGCCCCCUCUCCCGUUGCCGUGGGGCGGGCCCCGAGCCCCCUCCCCCGCUAUCGCCAUGCCCGCCGCGGCGCCGAUUAUCCGCUGCGUGCAGAAGCUGGUGCUGUACGAGACCAGAGCUCGGUAUUUUCUUGUUGGGAGUAAUCAUGCAGAGACCAAGUAUCGUGUUUUGAAAAUCGACCGCACUGAACCGACAGAUUUAGUUAUAAUAGAUGAUAAGCAUGUGUACACACAACAAGAGGUGAGAGAACUUCUUGGCCGCCUAGAUCUGGGGAAUAGAACAAAGAUUGGACAGAAGGGUUCUUCUGGAUUAUCUAGAGCUGUCUCUGCUUUCGGGGUAGUAGGUAAUCCCCUUGUUAUUUCUUUGGCCUUUAAAAAGAAAUUAUAACUUGGAGCAGAAAUGGUAAUUGCAGUAUUUGAUACCAGUCAGAAUAUUAUUCAUUGUGCAAAGAGAUCAUGGAGUAAAGUAACAUUAACAAAGUACACUUUUUAUAACAACUUUCUAGGUAUUGCUUAUGUCACACUUAAACAAGUAUGAGCAAUCAGUAGGAGAACUGGGUUUAAAUGUCAAUUCCAUAUGUCACUCAAUUUCAACAGGAUAAACUUAAAAAACAGCAAAUAGUGUAGU